AUGUCGCCUGCCUAUCGUCGUCGUGCCCUCGUCGUCCUCGUUCUCUACACCGCAGAGGCGUUAACCGCCGCGUCGCCGUCGCCCGGCUUUCGUGCGGCCAACAUACUGGCCGUGGAAACGGUGCCGGGCCGGAGCCACUGGAAUUUUAUGAGCGCCGUGCUCCGGGCACUGACCGACCGCGGCCACUCGGUGGUGGCGUUCACGUCUUACCCGACGCAGACGUCGCGGUUCGGGCACGGCAAUUACACGGAGGUGGACACGUCCGGCGUGUUGCUGCAGCACGCCGGCGAAUGUGCGUCCCGCGUGCUGUCCGACUACAGCCGGCUGUCGUACAUCGUGCCGUCCGUGGUCCGGUGGAGCAGGGAAUUUUGCGACGCGGUGUACGACAUGGAACAGAUCCGGGCGCUCAUGGUCAACGGCACCGACACGGCGGCACGGUUCGACCUGCUCGUCACCGAGCCGUUGGGCUCCGAGUGUGUGGCACACCUGGCCGCCGCGGUCGGGCUGCCCAUGGUGUACGUGGUGCCGACGCCCAUGAUCACGUACAUGCAGCCGUCCAUCGUCGGCCACUCUGCCAACCCGGCGUACGUGCCGCAUCUGCUCUACGGCUCGGCGGUCCGGGCGUUCCGGCACAGGUUGGCCAACACGGCCGUGUACGCUUACGGCCGGCUGGUCCGGUGGUACGCCGAGCUGACGGCCAACCGCCGGCCGUACGAUGUCGGCGAGCCCGCCAAACCGUCCGUCGUGUUCGUCAACAGCCACCACGUCACCGAGCCCACCAUGUUGCUGCCCCGCAACGUCGUACACGUCGGCGGGAUACACUUGGACCGGGCUAGUAGCGGCAAACUGCCGACCAAUAUCAAAGAAUUUAUUGAAAAUUCUCCACACGGUGUUAUAUAUUUUACAUUUGGAUCAGUCGUAGCCAUGUCAAGUUUACCAGACCAUAUUCAAGAUACAUUUAAAAAUGUAUUUCGACAAAUUCCUCAAAGAGUUUUGUGGAAAUUUGAAGGUGAAAUGAAAGACAAACCGGACAACGUGAUGACGGGAAACUGGUUUCCACAACGUGAUGUUCUGUUACACCCAAACGUCAAAUUGUUUAUAAGUCAUGGUGGGAUAUCUGGCGUGUACGAAGCAGUGGAUGCAGGUGUUCCGGUUUUGGGCUUUCCGCUUUACUACGAUCAACCAAGAAACUUGCAAAGUCUAGUGGAUGCGGGUAUGGCGAUCACAAUGGAAUUGUUGUCGAUCACUGAACAACAAUUUCUACACGGCAUCAGAGAACUUUUACACAAUACAAAUUACACAAAAAAUGCUGUAAUCACAGCGGAGCGUUUCAAAGACCGUCCGAUGAUGCCUCAAGAGUUGGUUGUUUAUUGGACGGAAUACGUACUUCGCCACAAUGGUGCACACCACUUAAAAUCCGAAGCCCUAAAUCUUACAUGGUAUCAAUACAUGUUAUUGGAUGUGAUUCUUGUCUUUAUCGUGUCAUUCCUGGUCAUAAUGUACUUGAUUUACAAGACGUUUAGAUAUUUUUAUACAUUUGUCGCGAAUUACUUGAUAAGUGUCAAAGUUAAACAACAAUAGGUAUAAUAAUAUGGAAUUAAUUAGAUACAUUCUUCUGACAAAGUUAAUACGCCUAUUUAUAACCUGCCUUAAAUUACGUAGAAAAUAAUUGUCAAAAUCAAUCGUUGAUCUCUGUCUCAUACUCACAAACACGUUUUUAUAUAUUGUAUAAAUUAUGAUAUUAAGUAGGCGUAUAGCUACAUAUUUUAAUAGCGUAUUUUGCACUGCGUGGUGUAUAAUGCAACUGUUUUUCGCACUUACUCAUCAAUCGUCAUUAUUAUGAUUUUAGUAUUAAAUAUGUCUGAAAAAAGAACAUACAGUAGAUAGAUAAGUACAUAAUAUACCUGUGUAGUUAGUAAAUAGAUAUAUGACACGUAUAAAAUCACCCAAGUUCCCAAUAAAAAAAUUUUAGAUACCAAUAUAAUUUAUAAUUUAUUAAUUCGUGCUUUAUCGAAAUCUUUAAAUUUAUGGUUUUACUUAAAGUCAUAAAUUAUUAAUAUUCACUUAAAUUGUAUUAAUGUAUUAUAUUAUUA